AAACCAUCCGAGGGUCACUGAACGCAACGCACCACAGGCUCUGACAGCUAAACAUGGCGGCUGUUGGAUGAAGCAGCUUUAUUGUCUCUGUCAGCAGACAGGAAACAAACCGAACCGGUUUGGACCUACUGAGCGGUUCAGAGGACAUCUCCCCUCCUCCUCUGGCAGGUUUCAGCCUGGGUGUUGUGGCGGGAGAAGGGAGCGGACCGACGUGACAGCAGCGGGGGUUCCUCACCUGUCCCCUGGGAUGUGUCCCAGGUAGGAGACGUGGCAGCUGGCGAACGUCUCGUCGUUUCCCGCUCCGCCACUGCUUCCAGCUUCCAGCUCCCACAGGAGCCACACUUACCUGACCUCCGGUGUGACGCAGACUCACUGGACUCUGGUUCCGGAUCGCCACGACAACACCGGGACACAAACUUCUUCUGCUGGGUCUGAAUCUCAGAGACUUUUACCAAAAUUCCUGCCCCCCCAUGUGAGGAAAAUGCGAGUCCUCGCAGACGUCUGGAACAUCCGGGAAACUCCCUGGUGACGCACGCACGCGCACACACACACACACACACGCACGCACGCACACACACACACACACAGCUGCUGAGGAUGGCCUCACCCCCAUCGAAACCUCCCACAGCCCUGGACUCCCUGUCUGUCUCCUCCCUGCUGUCUGGAGACCUGGACGAUGGGGGAGGAGAGGAGGAGGAGGCGGGUCUGGGAGACCUGGAGGUGAACCCGUACGAUGGUUUACCGUUCUCCUCGCGGUACUACUCCCUCCUGGAGGAGAGGCAGCAGCUUCCUGUGUGGCGUCUUCGGCAGAGCCUCCUGGAGCAGCUGGAGAGCCGCAGCAUGCUGCUGCUCAGCGCUCCCGGCGGAGCUGGGAAAAGCACCCAGGUUCCUCAGUGGUGUGCGGAGUUUGCGCUGUCCUUUGAGUUCUGCCACGGUCUGGUCUGCUGCUCGCAGCCGUACUCGGUGGCGGCGCAGAGUCUGGCUCUUCGUGUGGCCGACGAGAUGGACCUCAGUCUGGGCCUGGAGGUGGGCUACAGGGUGUCUCAUGACAACAGCUGCACACCUGACACCCUACUCAGGUUUGUCAGCGACUUCCUGCUGCUGGAGGAGAUGAUGUCAGACCCUCUGCUGCACCAGUACGGGGUGGUGGUUCUGGACGAGCUGCAGGAGCGGACCGUUCCCACCGAUGUGCUGCUCGGCCUUCUCUGUGACGUCUGCCGCCAGAGGCCCGACUUCCGGGUGGUUCUGCUCACUGACCCGACGCUGGCUCCCCGCCUCGCUGCCUUCCUGGGACCCUCCGUGCCUCAUCUCCACCUAGAGCAGCCUCUCCCUGAGGCCCCGGGCCAGGACACUGGAGCAGAGGACGGGAGGUCUGUGGACAGAGUGGACAUCAUGUACAGGGAGCUGUCCUCUGGGAAGGAACCGGUGUCUGCGUCCUGCCACUUGGUUCUGGACCUCCACCGACGAGGAGAGGGAGGAGACGUGAUGGUGUUCCUGGCUGGUGCUCAGGAGAUAGAAGAGUGUUUGGUUCUGUUGGAGAAGGAGUCUGUAGCUCUGAGUCCUCAGCUCGGCCCGCUCCGGUUCUACCCCCUCCACGCUGGACUGGCUGGUCUGACCCAGAAGGUCUACGAGUCAGAACCUGACCCGUCGGUGUUGAACGAGACCCAUGGCUCUGAGGGUCUGGAGACCGAAGGCGUGGGCGUUCAACGGAAGGUGUUCCUCACCGACACACUCGCCGAGGCGUCAUUCUCCCUGAGAGGGGUCCGCUACGUCAUCGACUCGGGUCUGCAGAUCAGAACCCAGGUCUAUAAUCCUCAAAUCCGAGCCAACUCCCAGGUUCUGAGGCGCAUCAGCAGACACCAGGCAGACAUGAGAGCUCAGAGGGUCACCAGUCACCUUCCAGGGUUGUGUCUCCGUCUCUACCCCCGGUCCCUGUAUGAGGACGGGAUGGAGGAGGCUCGUUGUCCCGGUGUGAUGGAGGAGAACCUGAGCCACUUGGUUCUGCUGCUGAAGAGGCUGGACAUUGCUGACAUGGGACAGUGCAAGUUCUUGGACAGGCCAGCCCCUGAGGCUCUGAUGCAGGCCCUGGAGGACCUGGACUACCUGGCAGCACUGGAUGAUGAUGGGAAUCUGUCCGAAGUGGGAAUCAUCAUGUCUGAGCUGCCGCUCGAGCCGCCACUGGCUAAGUCUCUGAUCGCCGCAUGCGAGUACGACUGUGUGGACGAGCUACUGACGGUAGCCGCCAUGCUCACAGCUCCUUCCUGCUUCGCCGCAGUAGAAGCCAGCAGAAAGGAGGCCGCCGUCGCUCUCUGGCGACCUGUGAUGCACGACGCGGGCGAUCACAUGACCCUCAUAAACGUUUAUAAUGCCUUCGUGGAGCAUAAUCAGGAUGAGGCGUGGUGCUCCGCCAACUUCCUGAGUCACGCUGCCUUACGCCUGGCAGUGGUCAUCAGGGCGGAGCUUCUGGACGUGAUGCAGAGGAUAGAACUUCCAGUUUCGCCCCCGGCGUUUGGAUCCCCCGACAACUGCACUAAUAUCAAACGUGCACUUCUCUCCGGCUUCUUCCUCAGAGUGGCUCAUGACGUUGAUGGCUCCGGUAACUACCUCCUGCUAACCCACCGUCACGUGGCCCACCUCCACCCGUUCUCCUCCUACCUGUGUCUCCAGCCGAGCCCGAGCCCCCCCAGCUGGGUCCUGUACCACGAGUUUACCAUCUCCAGUGAUAACUGCAUCUGCAUCGCUUCUGAAGUCCACCCUCAGAUGCUAGUGGAGUUGGCGCCUCAGUACUUCCUGGGGAACCUGCCGGCUAGCGAUGGUAAGGAGCUGCUGAUGGACCUCAGACAGAGUCUGGCGCCCCCUUCAGGUGAUCUGGACUCCCAGGAGCACAACAAGACUCAGAAAGACUCAUCAGAGACUCACAGCCAGCCCAGCACCGAGCUCUGUGCUGUCCAAUGAGAAGGAGAAAGGGGCGGAGCUUCUCAGGUCUCUAAACAAACAUUUGUCACUUUAUCAUUUGAUCUGAGUGUUUUUAUCUAUUAUGCAGUGAAAUAUUUUAGUUGUUUUGAUGUUUUUUUGAACUUUUGCUGGGAAACUUUAAAUCUGGAGUUUUAAAACGACUCCCGGCACACCCGAGGGAGACUCGCACUCCUGUUCUUUGUUUUUAAUUUAAGACUUCCUUUUAGGCUCUUUACUUAAUGAGUUUGUAAUUGCUGUUUUUGUGACUAAGUCUUUUUAAUAAAAACAUGUGAAAGAUGAA